UUACUAAAAGAUAUUUUUGUCAAAAUUGCACGUGUUUUAUCGAAACACGUAAAGAUGUCAAAAAAAAUCAAGAACUUAAUUGUCGAUACAACAGCAUUUAUAAAAAAUGCUCCUUUACAGGAAAUUGCUGAGAAUAUUAUAACGGCACAAGAAGUUAUCAAUGAAGUAACUAAUAAAAGGCAACUAAAACGGUUAGUCGUACUUCCAUACGAUUUAGCUGUGAAGGAAAUAUAUGCAGAAAAUAUACAUUUUGUGACAGAAUUUUCUAAAAAAACUGGUGAUUAUCGAAGCUUAUCUUCAACAGAUAUUAAAAUAAUUGCUUUAACUUAUCAAUUAGAAAAGCAACUAGUUGGUAUCAAACAUUUAAGGCAAGAGCCAGUACAAACAAAGGAAGUUAAAAUUAAUACAAGCAAGCCAUCUAAUGAAAUUAAAGAAAAUGUAGUAGGUUUCUUUAAACCUACUGAUUCCGAAAUUCAUGAAAAUGAAGAAUAUAAUGAACAAGAAGCAAAAUUAGGAAAUGAAAAAGAAGAAACUGAAUUAGUAAAAGAAAAAUCUAUGGACCAAACAGAAAUAAAUGUGGAAAAUUCCGAGCAAAUUUGUAAUAAAGAAGAUGAAGAGAAUAUGAAUCUCGUAAUGGAAAAAUUAGAGGAAAAUUCUUUAGAUGAAGAAUAUACAGAAAGUGAAUCUGAAAGCGAUAAUGAUGAAGGCUGGAUUACUCCAAACAAUAUAAAAGAAAUAAAAAAACAAAUCAAUUCAGAAUAUGUUGAAGAAAAACCAGUUGAAGUUGCUUGUAUUACAAGUGACUUUUCAAUGCAAAACGUAUUAAGACAAAUUGGUUUAAACGUUGCAUCUUUAGAUGGUAAAAUAAUUAAACAAGUACGCACAUAUAUUUUCCGUUGUUAUUCAUGUUUCAAAACAACGAGUAUAAUGACCAAAGUAUUCUGUCCAACAUGCGGUAAUCAAACUUUAAAACGUGUAGCUGUCACAGUAGAUGAAAAUGGCAAACAAGUGAUUCAUAUAAAUGCUCGUAAACCGUUAACAGCACGUGGGAAAAAGUUUAGUUUACCAACACCAAAAGGUGGCAAACAUGCAAAUAAUCCAAUAUUGUUUGAAGAUCAACCGAGACCCGAUCAAAGACCAACACGAUUAGCUAAAACUAAAAAUGAUCCAUUAGCAGCGGAUUAUAUUGCUGGAUACUCACCAUUUGUUAUGAGGGAUAUUACAUCAAAAUCAGCUAUGCUUGGAAUACGCACUGGUCAAGAAAUUAAACAUUGGAUGAGGAGUAAUCCAAAUGAAGCAAGAAGAAAACGCAAAUAGUUUUAAUUAUUUCUAUUGGUUGCUUUUUUUUCGUUUUAUUUGUAUUUAUAAUUUAAAAAUAUUAUAUAAUUCUUUUGUAAGAGAAAACAAUAUACAGAGAUAAAUUAGAAAAAUAGAAACCUUUUCUUUGA